ACCAAAGCAUCGAUACAUUAAGAAAUUAAAUGAAGGAUUACCUUUUAAAGUAGCACAAUUUAUACAUGAUAGUAAGCAUGGUUCUUCAGUAAUAUACUUAUGGCGUAUACCUUUAAAUGCAUCUGAUUCAGAA